ACAAAAUCGAAAAGGUUCCUCCAUCAUACAGCCACUUUGUCUACCGUCCUCUCUUUCGGGCAGUCUGUGAUAUCUGAUCUCGGUGUUUGACGGACAUUCCACAAUAGGCAAGAUUGUCAGAACAGAUCCAUUUGUUGAGACACUGUUGUCUCCGGAUUUGGCAUACCACCCACGGACUGGACCCGCUUUCGGUCUCUUCUUUGGUCGAUUUCGCUGGUGAAUUGGUGUCAAAGGACAAACCCCUUGCAUACCACACGCUCUCGGCGACGCACGCGAGAGGGACCAGACAGGGACCCGUCCUAUUAACUCCCCCUGUCAUCAAGGGUCAUGAUCAAUGCAAAUCCCCAUCAUCUAACCCAUGCAUCUCUGGCGCAACAAUUUCCCCGUCGAUGGCAAGCUUGUCGUCGUCGCCGGGGGCUCCAAAGGCCUUGGCCGGGCGUUAGCCCUGGAGUUGGCGGGAAAAGGAGCGAAUCUAUUGAUCCUCGCGCGCGAAGAACUCGCCCUGAAUCGCACUCGCACCGAUCUUCAAGCGGCCUGCGUCUCGUCCAAGCAGAUCGUCGACGCUAUCUCCGUGGACCUGACGCAGCCGAACGACAUCGACCGCGUUCUCGCCCACUACCACCCCCCCGACGUCCUCAUCUGCACGGCCGGCGGCAUCCCCGACGAACCGGGCUUCCUCGCCAACCAAUCCCCCGCCGCGAUCACAUCCUGCCUCGAGCAAAACUACUACACCGCCAUCUUCCCCGUGCAAGCCUGCCUCCAGCGAUGGCUGGCGACGCCCACGCCCCACUCCACGCGCCACAUCGUGUUGACCUCCUCCGCAACAGCCCUCGCCAGCCUCCCCGGCUACGCCGCCUACACACCAGUGAAAGCCGCAACCCGCGCCCUCGCCGACACCCUCCGCCAGGAACUGCUCCUCUACGGCCGGGACACGUUCCGCGUCCACUGCGCCUUCCCCGCCAACUUCCUCGGCGAGUCUUUCCUGCGCGCACACCCCACCAAGCCGCGCCUGACGAAGCUCCUCGAGGGCACGGACGUGCCGCCCCAGCGGCUGAGCGAUAAUGUCCCUGCGUCGCGGGAGGUCGCGCGCGCUAUCGUUCGGGCCUUGGAGGCGGGAAGGACGUACAUCACGGUGGAUUCCCGCACCCAGUUGAUGUUAAACCAUAUGCGCGGGCCAAGUCCGCGGUUUUGGACGCUGUAUGAUUUGCUCAUGGGGUGGUUGGCGAUUGGGCUGUGUUGGGUGUGGAGGGUGAGAGCGGAUCGUCAGACGGUUAAGUAUGGGCGGGAGAAUGGGAUGGAGCGGUAGUUUUCUUUUUUUUUUUUUCUUCGCAUGCUUUCUUACUUAUUUCCGCCGUUUGGAUUUUUCGUUUCGUCUCUGCCUGAUUAUUGUUGAUUUUUCGUGGUGUAACAUGCGAUUCUAUACCUGGCGUGGCGUUAUUUCUAGGAACAGCGGUACUAAUGCACACUCCUAAGUCACCACCGGUCUUGAUGAAAAGCCAAAAGUAACAAUACAAGCAGGACAAAGUCAGACAAUCCCCUGGGCGAGCCUGACUU